UUUUUUGUUUGUUAUCAUUGAACAAAUAUCUUAUUGACCGGUUCCGUAAUAAGGUGCUUGUCGCGAAAGUAAAAUAUAUAAAAAAAGGAAAAAAACAGCGAGGAAAAAAUUAACAAAAUUCUAAAUAAAUUAAAAUUUCAACAACUUGAAAAAUUAAUCGCCAAUAAUUAAUAAAAAAUGACCACCGACGCUAAUGAAAAUACUAAUAAAGAAGUAGCUGAAUGGGUGCGCUUUGGGAUGCGUUUGGCAGUAAGCGCUGCACUGCACCCGUUAGAAUAUUCUAAGGUCCUGAUACAAUUAGGUUAUGAACCGACGGCACCGGUGCCCGGAAAAUCAAUGUUUGGUACACCUAUCAUGGUGUUACCUAAUAUAUUUCAAUACACUGCAAAUAUACGUAAAACUGAUGGCUUUUAUGGAUGCUAUCGUGGCCUUACUCCGAAAUUGGUGGGAUGUGUUUUUAGUAUGGUGCUUAGUGAAAAGAUAGCUGAUCGCUUAGGCUUAGCACCUAUGGAAGACAAAAAGGAUGAUGAGCCCUUAAGCAGCGAGGCAUUAGCUUCGUUUAGAUAUCUACAAUUCAAAGUAAAUUUAAAACGUGAUGUAGUCCUUAGUGUAUCCGGCAUUGUUGUUUCCCACCCUUUUCACGUCAUUACGAUUCGUAUGAUGGCACAGUUCAUUGGACGUGAAACCUUUUACCACUCUAUUCUCGGUUCUAUCGUCGAAAUUUAUAAAAACGAAGGCAUUAUGGGUUUCUUCGCCGGCUUAAUGCCAAAGUUGGUUUGUGAUGUUGCCUGCGUAGUGUUGACUAGUACGACAGUAUAUUUAUUGAAUAAAUAUGUUAUAAAGGAUAAAAUUGCUCGCCAAUAUAGCGCCGGAGUUACACAGUUUGCUUUUUCAAGUAUUUUGUAUCCUUUCGUGGUGGUUACCACUUGCAUGACGGUGCAGGGAUCACGUUUGGUGGCUGGCCAGCCUCCGUUCAUGCCGGCAUACAAAAACUGGAUGGAUUGCUUCGGUGAUCUAUCGGCCAGAGGAGAAUUGAAGCGAGGCGCUUCCAUGUUUUGCAGACCUGCUGCUGGUCUUGGCAAACCUUUGACACGCAACACUCUCUAUGUUCCGCUGCCAGCAUUGGCAAAAUACAAUUAAAUUCUUUUGUUAAUUAUGGGAAGUCUUCUUAAAAAGAAAAGAUUUUUGAAUGCAUUUUCUACCACUACCUGUCUCUUUUAUGUCUCAGUUAACUAUGCCCGUUGAUUUUUUUUUUUUUUUGUUAUUAAAAAAGCAAAGAAAGAAAAAACAAAUUCAUCUUGGACUGAACUUCUUAUAUUGUAUUGUAAAGCAAAAUUUUGUGAAAAGGACAUGUCAAAGUCUUUGCCUACGGGGUUGCUUAUGCAAUCACAAUUUUCUUAAAAUUUUCCGUUUAAACUGUUUUUAUACGAUACUGAUUGUCCUUUAUUAAAAUUAAAAAACAAAAAAAAAAAAAAAAAAAAAAA